GUGGCCUCCGUGUGACGUGAUGGGAAUACCGGAAACCGCCUGUGUUUAUACCUCGCGCCUCCAGCUGGCCCUCCCAGUCUUCUCUGGUCGUCUGGUGUAGACACGCUCCUCCUGUGGUCGUCCUUCACGUAGUUCAACGUUACAGCAGCUUACAUGAGGAACGAAAACGCGAAGCUAGAUUCCCAUUACUGACCAGUGCGCCCACUACCGGCAGCACUACCAUCACUAGUGCUACUGUCUAGACCUUCAUCUCUAGCACCACCAUGCAACUCUAUCAUCCUUCAGGAAGCCUAGUGAAGGGCCUCGUCCUCCUGAUGGUCCUUCAGGGUGCCCUAGCUCUUCCCCAGGUCAAAGGAAAAAACGUUAAAACAAGCCAACAACAAACUGGUAUCUGUCAUAUUGGGCAAGUUGACUCGAGUCAUGACGUGCAGUAUGUGCCCUUGAAGGAGAGACUCGUCUUCAUCAUCACCCCCAGUGAGCCCGUGAUGUACAUGAGGAUCAAGGUGGCGGACGAGCUUUACAAGGUAACCGUGAUGGGCAGCAUGGUGAAGCUCUGGGGUUGUUCCGACCAUGAAAAUGACUGUAAUGUAAAGGACGAGGGAGGCUCCAAGAGUAAUGAUCUUCUGCAAGCCGACAUACAGAACAAAGUUACCAUCACUCUUCAUGACAACGAGAUAUCAGUGGACAUCAACAUGAAGAGCAGUGUGAUGCAGAUGACACUACCAUCCAGUACCAAGGGGCCCCAAACUGGUGAGGUCUCGAUUGUGGCCACAGACCCCACAGCCACAAUUCCUCCUCCAGCCACUUACACUGUCGAUGUCAGUGUAGAAUGCAUUGAUGGCGUUACUCCUGUACUUCGCACAGACGCCCCCUUACCAAUCCCUGUCUUCCCCACAAAGACAUCAACUACCAACCAGAAUAUACCCACUGCCCCAAGGCCCUUCAAGGAAUGUCCUUUUUACAAAGUGGAACUGGAGCAUCCCCUGCCCUUCAUCAGUCUCCAGAAGAGCCUUUCCUUGGCGGUCUUCCCUAGCCAGUCAUUGCUGUACAUACGGGUCCUCAUUGAUGGCUUGCUCUUCAAGGUUAUUGUAGAGAACACGACAUUGAAGUUGCUGAAGUGUGACGUCCAAGAUUUACCGUGUAAGACCAUGAAGGAAAAUGGCUAUCAAAAUAGCAGUGUACUUCUGCCUGAACAGUGGAACACUGUUAACAUCACUCAUCUCAACAAUAUGCUGAAAGUCCUCAUCAAUGGCAAGGCAAGUGUGGAAGGCUCGACCAUCCUUGCAGGAUUUGAGGGUACCCAUAGCAGUGAGGUGUCCAUUGUGGCUAUUGAUGACAGUGCUAUAGAGGCACAAGCAGAUUACUACUCAGUUGAUGUAAACAUCGAUUGCAAUGAUACGUUCACUCCUGUGAUACGUGAGGACGUGUCACAAUUCACUAUCCCGAGCCAGUUCACCGUUCCAAGCUACUCGACUGAGAACCCAUUUGUGACACCAGAGCACAGAAUUGAUACUUCUACAGAUUCUCCAGAAACAUCAAAAGCUCCUGUAGGCAUCAUUAUUGGUGUCCUAAUUGCUCUCAUUGUCAUCAUUGCUGCAGCCAUUGGUAUUUCUAUAUAUAAGAAGAGGCGUUCUGCAGACAUCAACCAGCACACACCUCUUCGUGACCAGCAACAAGUUCAGCAAUAAGAACCUUUAGAUGUUAUCAUCUUGUAAUCCAGCCACAAUGUAAUUCCUUCCUUACAGAUAAGAACUUUUAAUUGAAUAUUUGAGAAAAGGCAUUAAUACAUUGACAAAAUGUAAAUAUUAUAAAACAAGUUGAAUGAAUGAAUGACUUCACAUUAACUCAGGAGCUACUGUAGAAAGAGAAGGAAGUGUCAGGGUAAAGGCAAAAUUCUUUGCAGUGAUUAUUUAGAUUAUAAGUAAGUUAUUCUUAAUAAUGUACAGUAUUAACAAGGAUAUUAUAAAUGUUACUUUUUCCAUUGCUAUUGAAUUUGUCCUAGAGACAAAUAUUUACCUAUGAAUUAUGCCCUGGAAUAAAGCUUUUGUAUUAAACACAA